AGCACGGAUAAAUCCUUGGACCGAGAUUUGGGCGAGCUUUGGUUUGGUAGUAAGCUUGCGCCUUAACAGCCAAUGCUCUCCUACAAUUAGUAAUAGGCGCGAUAGACGUAGUCUCUACAGAGCACGCAGGGUAGAGCUUGCGGUUAAGGCUUAUAAUUAUGUAUCGUCGCUUGUUGUAUAGUCGUAUCGUCGCGCGUCCUAUAGUUGUAUAUAGGCGGGAGGUUAAAAGUUUGGGUAGUAAGGGUCUAAACGCGUAGGCAGCAAAGCACACAUUUGCGCGCUUAUCCUAUAAAUUAAGACCUGUCCCUAUCCUAACUUUCAAGUCUUCUAUCUCCUACUUCUAUUUCUAUGUCGAAUACAAACAAUAUAACGCCAACAAAUAAACUUGUGCAUGCAGGCCCGCAAGUCGCUAUUAUAGCUAGCAAUACUAGCCGCAAGCUAUUGAUAUACUAUAGGAAGGUAUGCAGAUACUUUAAAGUCAACCUUCUUUCUCGCAGCGGGCUCUUUUUACCCUGCCUAGUUGAUUUUAACCCUCUAGCAUCUCCUUACAAUAAGCUGGUUAUAACUAGGCAGCAGCGAUACGCGACUCUCUCUACAAGAAACAAGCUUCUGCAGCUUACAGAGGAUAUUAAGAGUAACGCAAGGCUCACAGCUCACCAGCAGUACGAUAACUAGAAGAUACAGCUUCUUGAGACAGUUGACUUAGUGCGUAGGUAGACGUAAGCAGUAGAGCGAGCGAUAGAGCAGAGGAGCGAGCGAUAACAAUUCGGAUACACUACAGACGAUAGCUUGCGCGGGCAAAGGAGAGGAGCGAGGAGGCGGUCGAGCGUUCGGGCUGACGUUGCAGGAAAAGUUGUUGUUGUUAUUGUUGUUGUCGUUGUCGUUGGCGUUG